AUGGGAGCAUUGCAAGAUGUGCGUUCACAAGAGACCGCGACUGGAAAAGCGACUACAAUUGAAGAGUCAUUUCUAGCAUCCACAGAUGAUCAUUCCAACGAUCAGGUCAUGGAUCUCUCGAAAGAGACCCCUGAGGUUAAAGAUGCGGCCCAACAGCCUACUUCACUCAAGGAUUAUUUUAGAAUUCUAUCGUAUACGACCACGAAAGAUCGCAUGGUCUUCGCGGUCGCCUUGGUAUGCGCUGUGGGGUCUGGUGUGCCCUUACCGAUCAUGAACAUUAUCUUUGGUGGACUGGUUGGUGAAUUCAAUUCAUAUUUCACCCCCGGAACGUCGACCACUGAAGCCGAGUUCAAGAAAUCAGUCAGUCGGCUGAGUCUGUACAUUGUGUAUCUCUUUAUUGCAAAGUUCACGUUGACCUACUUCUCCAUGUACUGCUUCCGUGUUAUCAGUCUUCGAGUCUCCGCUGCCCUGCGACUGGAGUAUAUGAAUUCGCUUUUCGCUCAACCAAUCAGCAAGCUUGACCAAGUUUCAGCUGGAACAGUCGUCAAUACAAUCACCACUCUCUCCAACUCGAUCCAACAGAGCGUAUCUGACAAGCUGGCUAUUUUAUUCCAGUCUACCGCUCUUCUAAUCGCUGCAUAUAUCAUCGCAUUCAAAUACUCAUGGGCCUUGACCCUCGCCACCAGCUCUUGCAUUCUGUUUAUUCUCGUCGUCUGCAGUGUAACGCUACCCGCCAUCUCCCAGAUCCAACAAAAGACGGACAAGGCGGACGAAAAACAUUCGGCGAUUGCAGCGGAAGUCUUCGGCUCAAUUCGAACCGUGAUUUCGCUGGGAGCCGAAGCGCCUCUAACCAAUAAAUAUAAACAAUGGGUUAUGGAAUCCCGAGACAGAGGCCGGAGCAUGGCUGUCUUUCUAGGGUUCCAGUUUGGACUAAUUUUCUUUGCCAUGUACGCCAGUUACUCUCUGGCAUUCUGGCUUGGCUUGAAACUAUACCGAGAGGGUCACAUCCAUGACAUUAACACUGUCAUUAUUGUAUUCUUCUCGAUCAUGAUUGCAGUGAGUGUUCUUGGGAGUAUUGCAGCCCCCUUGACGAUGGUGUUCAAGGCAGCCAGUGCAUCGACCACAUUCUUUGAGAUCAUUGACGCAGAGAAGAUUGCCGCAGGCGGCCUUCGUGAUUCGGAAGCACUAGCUCAGGGUGAUAUUGUCUUCCAGAAUGUGGACUUCACAUACCCCACGCGGCCGGAUAGCAAAAUCUUCCGGGGACUAAACGCUCGAUUUGAAAGAGCCAAAACCACAGCGUUGGUGGGUCCAUCGGGGUCUGGAAAAAGUACCAUUGUCGCUCUUCUAGAGCAAUGGUAUACACCAGAGCAAGGAAGUAUCUUCCUGGGUCAACGAAAGAUCGAAGACUUAGAUGUCAAAUGGUGGAGGUCUCAGAUAGGACUCGUGCAGCAAGACUUGUUUCUCUUCAACGAUACGAUUUUCAAAAAUAUCUCAUUUGGUCUUGUUGGUACAAAGUGGGAAAAUGAGCCUGAUUCUGUGAAGCUCGACUUGGUCAAGAAUGCAUGCAAAGAAGCAUUUGCAGAUGAGUUCAUCGAGCGUCUUCCAAAGGAAUAUGACACAAUUGUGGGAGAGAAUGGUACAAAAUUGAGUGGCGGCCAAAGACAGCGUUUGGCUAUAGCCCGAAGUAUCGUGAAAGAACCUACUAUUUUGAUUCUGGAUGAAGCCACUAGCGCGAUUGACGUCCGUGGAGAGAAAAUUGUCCAGGCAGCCCUUGAUCGAGUCGCCGAAAAUCGGACCACAGUCGUGAUUGCACACAGGUUGUCCACUGUUCGACGCGCAGAUCGCAUUCUGGUUCUCAGGAACGGUAUUAAUGUUGAGGAAGGAACCCACGAAGAGCUUCUUGCCAUAGAAGACGGGCUUUACAGGAAACUUGUCAAUGCCCAAAGACUCGAGAGCGCCGCUGACGAGGAUGACGAAGCCGGUCCAAUGGAGGUUGCGGAAGUCUUGAAAGAGGAACUUGAAAGGUCCACUGCUGUCGUUUCUGAGCAGCAACAGGAAACGGACAAGAGGAAGGUAAAGCAUCGUGGUUUUUUCCGAAGCACGGGUGUCUUCAUUUACGAAGCAAGAACGCAUUGGUUCCUUUGCCUCAGUGCUUCGUUGGGAAUAUUGGGUGCUGCGUCUGCUUUUCCAUUACAAAGUUGGCUAUUUGCAAACCUCAUCGAUGUGUUCCGUCUCACAGGACAAAAGCUUAGCGAUGCCGCCAGUUUCUGGGCUUUGAUGUUCUUUGUUCUAUCCCUAGGUAUAGCCGCCUGCUAUGCUCUGGUCGGGUACUCAGCCAACAGGCUCUCCAUUGAAAUCUCCUCGUCUUGUCGAACAGAAUACUUCCAAAACAUUCUGAGCAAGCCCGUGCCAUUUUACGACAUGAACGAAAACGCCUCCGGCUCCUUGGUUUCGCGUCUAGCCACUGACCCGAAGCAAAUUCAGGAAUUGAUCGGUUUAAACGGAGUUUUCCCAAUCAUUUCAAUCUGCAGUACCAUAGGUUGUAUCGCAAUCGCCUUCUCCUUUGGCUGGAAACUAAGUUUAGUGACGGUGUUUGCUGCUCUGCCCUGCAUCUUCCUUGCCGCAUUCAUGCGCAUCCGAUACGAACUGGAGUUUGAAGCUUUAAAUACAGCGGUAUAUGCUGGGAGCUCCCAAUUCGCAGCAGAAGCUAUCGAAGCAUUCCGGACUGUGUCGGCCUUGACCAUGGAGAAUUCAAUCUUAGAUAGGUACUCCGGUCUUCUGAGAGAACAACAAAAUCAAGCUUUCCGCAAAGCUUGGAUUGCGACAUUGGUGUUUGCUUUCUCUGACAGUGUUGAGCUCUGCGCUAUGGCACUUACCUUUUGGUAUGGCGGGCAGCUUCUGGCUUCCAAGGAGUACCAGCCAGCCUCUUUCUUUGUCGUGUACAUGUCGAUCAUUCUCGGUGGUCAACAGGCAGGUCAAUUCUUUAGUUUCGGCCCAAAUAUUGCUCAGGCUACAUCGUCCGCGAAUCGGAUUUUGAACUUUCGACCGGGCUUGGAAGAUACCAGUGCCUCAUCUGGACAGCCCAUGGCUGACCAAUCUCGCACCACUGGAGCUCAAAUUGAUUUUCAAAAUUUAGGAUUCAAAUAUGCAUCACAGGAAGUCCCCUUAUUCACGAGUCUUGACGUUAGCAUCGAAAGUGGCCAGUUUGUCGCGUUUGUAGGCCCAUCAGGUUGCGGCAAAACCUCUUUGAUAUCGAUCCUGGAGGGAUUCUACAACCCGUCUCGAGGGACUGUUCUCAUAAAUGGCCUGGAUAUCAGCUCCGUUGAUCAAAAAUCAUACCGAAGAUGCCUGUCACUGGUGGCUCAAGAGCCGCGACUUUUCGAAGGAACAAUCCGUGAUAAUAUCACACUCGGACUCGAUAACUCCGAGUAUACAGAAGAAGAGCUGGUGCAAGCAUGCACCGACGCCGAGAUUCACAGCUUUAUCAUAUCACUUCCAGAUGGAUACUCUACAGAGCUAGGAAUAAAAGCACAGACAGCUCUUAGUGGAGGCCAGCGGCAACGUUUGUGCAUCGCGCGGGCCCUAUUGCGGAAACCUAAUUUGCUCCUCUUGGAUGAGGCCACGUCGAGUCUUGACUCGCAAUCCGAGAAAAUUGUCCAAGCUGCCCUUGAGCGACUGGCGGCACGGAGAAGUAUGACCAUCAUUGCGGUUGCACACCGACUGGCGACCAUUCAGAAAGCAGAUGUGAUCUUUGUCUUUGGGGAGAAUCUCAGUGGGAAAGGAUCGCGUGUUGUUGAACGGGGCUCACAUCAGGAUUUGCUUCAAAAUAGGGGGAUGUAUUGGCAGAUGGUUCGCAUCACAUUCCUUGUCUCACCACUUGUGCUUGAAAACUUACUUACCAUUUUUCAAUUUUAG